AUGCCUACUCUCGAAAUAAAUGUGCCUGGCGAAUGCCACCUGAACCGCACUGCCGAAAGGGCCUUUCUCACUGUGCGUGUAUCGACAGAGAGUCCAAAACAAGAAGAAGCGGCAGAGAAUGCCACCAACACAGUAAACAGCCUGCACCAGCUGUUUCGCGAGUUAUCUCCAAAGACGGAGAGUGGAGGUGCCACCCCUGAAGCAGCCGUUACUCUAUUUACUAUAGGAUCAAUCUCCACCUCGUCAGCGAUCCCACUAGACGACAAAGGCAAAACCACCGGCCCACGCAAAUAUUCAGCCUAUGCCACUAUCUCCGCGAUUUUCCGCGACUUCGCUAAGCUCAGCAUGGUGAUCAGUCAGCUUUUCAUGAUGCCUUUUGUAGAAGUGGAGAGGAUCGACUGGCGAUUGACGGAGGAGACGAUCCAGGUCCUUGCUAAGGAAGCCCAAAAAAAGGCCCUCUUGGACGCAAUUGAGAAGGCAGCUGUUUACGCAGAGGUGGUUGGGCGAGAAGUUUUUUUGGUGGAAAUUAACGAUGAGGGGGGAUAUUCUUCUACUGGCAGGACGAAGCAGACAAAUACACGUAAUUUGACGAGAGGUGGUCAGGGAGGAGGAGGCAUGGACAGCAUUGAUUUGGAACCGCAGGAGAUUGUUCUAUCCUCUUCGAUCAAGACGGUAUUCGCCACAACAGAAUGGAAAAAGCCAAUUUCCCUCUCCCUAUACUGA